CCCAAAGUGCGAGAGAGAGUGGGCAUUCACUAAGGCCACUCGUCCACCUCGGACCAUGGAAGCCCAAGCAUAUGCACGACCAAGAUAUCAAUUUCAAACAUCAAACUCUACCAAGUACGCAAAGGAUGCAAGCAAGCAAUGCCACAUCACAUAUGGGAACAUUGAGAGUCACAUGCAGGCGCUUUUUUUGUACCAAUUGUGACUUACUUGGCGAUUCAAGCAACUUUAUCACAUGCUAGUAUAAAGCCUCACAAAGAGCGAACGUCGGUAAAAUGUGCGAGGGGCGUCAGGUUUUGCAGGUGCCUAUUAUCGAUAGAAAGAAUCCACAUUGGCUUCACCAUGCUCAAAAUCAAGCUAAGUACUUCACUCUUUUUGUGGAGCAUCAACACCAAGUUCUCCAACUUUUCAGAAGAUAUAACUGAAGCGGGGAAGUGUCCACACCUCUUAAAUUUUGCUUCCCUUUCUUGGCUCUUCCAAAUUGAGGAGCGCCCAAUUGAGUAGGUCCAGGCGCCUAUUAAACAACAAAGCAUAAUAACGUUGGGAAGAGAAAUAAGCACAUAGUUUGUCAUAUAAAAAAAAGGACCGGAGGAAAGAGCAUUGGGUCCAAGGUUAGAGAAAAAAAAUAGACCUCAUAAUGAUUGGGAUUCAUGUUUUUAAGACUACCAUUGAAGCCCAACGCCUUCCAGCCAAUACAAAGGGCCUGUAGUAGGGUUCGUACCGAUGCUCAUGCAAGGUUUUGGCGACGUAACCGGUUGGAGGCCAACGCGAAGUUGGAUCUAUAAUGGAGUUCAUAAUAUUUGUGUCGCUAAACUUCAAACUCGCCAACAAAGCAGGCUCCUAAUCCUGGGCUUUAGCGAAUAAGAAUCAUAACCUUAAAAGUGAAGGGAGCUUGCAGUCGGAUGUAGGGAAAUGACAGAAAAGUGGAAGGGACAUGGAGUAAAGCAGAAGGUCAAGAGAAAUCACAUCGCAUAUUUAGCUAAAGUGGAAAGAAGGAAAGAAUUGGCGAUGGGGGCCAAAGAAAGGAAGCAAAAUCAUGGAGCGUGGAUAUUUAUUAGAGGAAGCAACGAUGGAGGCGGAUAGAAAUGGGUUUAAAAAAACAAAAAACAAAAGGAGCGUCGUUGUAAAUGUGCAUGAAAUCCUAUUUAUCCAGCUAAGUAAUUUCGUUUGUGAAAUUUAAUUUCAGCUCCUCCAAAUAUCGCCGUUGAUUUGAAACACUUUUUGGUGUCCUUGAAGUUAAAGCACCCUUGGUUAGAAAUAUUUUUUGCGCCCUCACAACUAAAUAGCCUUGACUGGGAAUAUUCUCCGCGCCCUGGGAACCAAUGCGCCUUAAUUGGAAAUACCCUUCGUGCCCUUGGAAUUAAUACACCUUGGUUGGAAUACUCUAAGCGCCCAAAUCUUGCGCCCUUGGUUGAAAUACUCGAAGCGCCCGAAUCUAGCGCCUAUGGUUGGAAAUACUCUCAGCGCCCACGCAUAGCACCCUUGAAUGAAAAUAAUUGCCCAAAUAGAGUGCUCGUGGACCCCAUGACAUCUAGUCAUAGCUAGAUAGUUCAAUUUGAGUCACAUCCAUGCCUAAAUCUAACACCCAAAUAAUCAUCGGGCGCUUGCAUCAUAUAGUGUGAAGAAAUUAUUUUGGACACAUCUACAUUUGUGACUAUAGUCUCCUAGCCACUGAAAAUGAAAGAAGGAUGAUGUGAGCCUGAAAUUUGACAGCAAUGUGAAAGUAAUUGGAGAAUGAAAGAAGAGAACCAUGCGCCUAGCUCAAGCUCUUGCCCCUACCAAUGUCCAAAAGCAGUUGUCACUUGAAAUCUCCAUGUAACUCGUGUUCUGUGCCAGUGGGAGAAUUAUGGUUCUUUUUCUCCAAAAUUCAUUGAUGCUAGGCCAUUUUAAACCCAUUUGGAUAUUCCCUUAAAGCCAAAGUCCACCAUUCACCAAUCUUAAAUUUAGGCGCUUACCUAAGAGAAGUCUAGCGCCUAGACCACCCGGCUAACGGAAAAGCAUGCGUGUGAUGUGAUACCUGAAGCGCCCGGACAGUCAAAAAAUCGCGAGACAGAGACUUAAAGCGCCCGGGAUACCAGCAAGGCCCUCAUAGUGUCCGAGAAAACUCAAAUUGAAGCGUGAAGCGCCCACAACACCAAAAUCACUAAGAAGUUAUGGUUAUGGAAUAUAGCGUAUACCACCAUGCUAAAGGGAGGUCUUCUCAUACGUAAGGAGUGUACCGAGGAAGCACUUCGAGGUUGAGCUAAGUAUUUUCUGUCCCUACUCGAGUUAUUUUCCUAACCAAUUCAAGAAUCAAAGUUUAGUAUACUGCUUAGUAUCUUUGUGAUCCUUUAUGUUAUUUAAUUAAGAUGGUAUUGGGGAGUACGAAUUGGGGGACAAAAUGUCAUAGCAUCUUAGAUAAAUUUUGACAAGUCGGGGGACUUUUAGUUAGCCGUCAAGUGUACCACUAGACGCCUAACUGGGGGACAAUUGGAUAACAUGCACAUUCUGGAUUUUUCUAAGGCAAUCAACUCUCCAAUUUUGCGUCUAAAAGGCCAUAGCCUUGUUAUACAUCGAAAGUGAAAUAAGUAUAUUUUUUUGUCAUCGCUUGAGUUAUAUGGCUAACCAUGUUACGAGUCACGUUAUAUUACAUUGAUCAUUAUCUACAUAGUUUUUGCUCCGAGUUCUUAAGCUAUUAUGAUCUUGGAAACAAUUAGAGGGAAAACAUGCAUGCAUCUUCAAAAUUUUUUCUGGAUCAAACAAAUCUCCAAUUAUGUGCAUAAGGUGCCAUAACCUUGUUAGACGUCAUGAGUGAAAUAAGUUGUUGUGCAAGGCAAUCAAGUCUUCAAUUAGGCGCCUAGAAUGACGUAACCUUUUAAGACGUCAUAGUUCUUGCUUCGAGAUUGUUCAACAAACAUGGUGUGGGGGACAUGAGUUAGCUAAACUGGGGGGACAAGAUGUCACUCAAACAUCAAGUGUUCAACACUAAGCUUGUAAGAAAGUUUUCAAGGCAAAGACAUCUAGUUAGGCAUCCAGUACCCUACUGGAUACCUAACUGGGGGACAAUUGUUGGGCCCGUAAAUAUGUUUUAGCUCACCCCAAAGAGCAACUGCAAUCUACCAACUACAUUUGGACCCAAGCCCACAAAAUACCUUCAUGAUCCAACUAUAGCUCACAUGGAGAAGGUAAGCCUUUGCCUAUAAAUAGACCACUAUGCACUUCAAGUAAGGGGGUCUCCUUCCACUCGACACAUUUUUGAUAUAUCACUCAUCUCUCUACAAUAUCUCUCUCUAUCUAAACUCUCCCUAUUUCUCUAUCACUAUACUAAUGUUGAUCGUCGGAGUGUAGAUAACGAGGGUCGUCCCCGCCCUUUCACAGAUUCGGAGCUCCCCUGUUUCUUGGCUGAAACACCAACUAUACCCCUACCUUUGAUAUGCAUUUUUCAUUAAAUGCAAAGGUUAAAAAGUGUCAUUUCUCUAAAAUAAUAAUAUAACUUUCUUAAAUACACAAUAAUUAUCCCAAAACCAAACAAUGUAAACUAACAAUGCACCAAUUUACUUUUAAUUACAUGUGUAAUAUUAUACAUAUAUUGUUCACAAAGCAUCAAUUUAACUAUCACCAAGCUACUUAAGCAAUCAGAGGAGGAUGAUUGAACUGAGAAAUUGGAAUCAAAAUAAGUUGUCUGCAAUCUAUGAAUUUUUAAUAUGAUUGUCGUGCGAUUAUGAUUAGGUUUACCGGCAAUGUGCAUUCGCCCUAUCGUCGAUUACGCUUCUCAACAUUUGUGUUUGGCUCGUUCAUUUUUCUAAUGUUUUGUUUUAUGUUGAUCCGUAGGUGGUCAUUCAGAUGGUCAACGUGAUGAGAGCUUGCAUGUGAAGACUUACAAGUGUUGCAUACUUUUCUCAGUUUGCUUCCUCCAUUUCGAACCUCUUAUGUAUAUUAGGGCAGUUCAUAUCAUGACAAACAAAAAAAACUUUCAUCGUCGGAUUAUUUAUUACUCGCCCAACGUUUUUUCCCCUUAUUUGUGACCUGAACUGCAACGUUCUUGUACUUUUCGUAUAUAACUUUUUCCUAUGUUACCUUUUGGAAAAAAGUGAAAAUACAUUAUUGUUGUUAUUUAUUGAAAGUCUCAAUUGUGGCGAACGAGGGCCAGCUUAACAGAUGGAGUGACACAGUUCCCUUUAUCAGGUCGUAUGUUCGAUCCCCAGCAACUGCGUUUCUGCCUUCCCCAGCAAAUCCACUUCUUCCCACCUGCGUCUCAUGAUGAAUCGAGUUCGGCCUGCUAGUGCUUGGGCCACCAAUGUGAAUUUGAAGCCCAUGUAACAUUCCAAGUAGCUGCGUGGUUUCUGGCUUUGUUCCUUUUUGUUGUGAUUCGUUUUAAACGAGACCACGAGGACCUAUUCAAAGAUAUUUUGGCAUUGUAGUUUUCAGGCAAUCAGGCUACGAAUGAGUGCCUCGUUCUGGGUAACCUGAGUCAAUCAUCUAUUCUCCAAUCAGAUAAGAAGGAGAAGCAGAAGCAGAAGUAGCGCGGGAAUGGAAGCAACAUCAGCAACCACAGUAGUUCCAACAUCAUGGCUCUCCUCUCUACAAUCCAAACUCAUCCCCAACAGAUUACCAAUCCCAGCUCCCUCCACCACCACAAGCCGCCACCAAUUGUCUACUGCUUUUCGCUCGAUCAGCCGCCGUGGCAGUCGACUGUAUUGCCACAAGAUGUAUGUUCCUGGAUUUGGAGAGUCGCCGGAGUCCAAGGCAGCUAAGUACCUCGUCAGUUUCUUCACCUAUGUUGCGCUCGAGAUUGUAUCCGCCCAGCUGAGGGCCUAUAACCGGGAAGCACACGCAGAGUUGAUGGAAUUCCUUGACAGCCAUCCCCUCAAGGACGGAGACGAGUUCUGUGCUGCCCUCAUGCGUCAAUCCUCCAGGCACAAGGGUUUGGCUCUGCGAAUCAUAGAGGUGCGAUCAGCUUACUGUAAGAUGGACUUCGAGUGGGACAACCUUCAUCGACUAGCCCUCAAGAAGGUUAGCGACUCCAAUACGCGCCUCAUGCGAGAUUACGUGUCGGAAACCAGCCACGAGACUUGACUGGCCAGGAAGAAGAUCACCAUCGCUGUUGCAGUCACCGGCUGUACCUGCACCUGUGCAAAGAUUCGUAUAG